ACUAAUAAGGUCUAAUAAUAUAAAUCUAAUAAGACAAUCUAUCUAAGGUCUAUGUAUCCAAGGUCUAUGGUGGGGCUACUGAACAAUAUGCGAUGACCAGCGCCUAAUGUGUGAUACAUCACCUAGUUUUCCGAAUCAAAAAAACUGAAGAGUGAAACGUCUGCAUUAUGUAUUAUUACGAGCCCUGGUGACAUUUUGCAAAAAUGGCUGGAGGGAUUGACGUUAGUUCGAGAAAACCAAGAAGAGCUUGGGGGACGCCUGCUUAUAAAGUUAGAAAUAAUUUUGGAUAUUCCGGUGUAAUUGUUGGCAGUUUAAUUGGGGCGAUUUUUUACUUCUCUGUAUCAGAAAACACGAGAUUGAAAUGUAAAGAAUUUUUCUUUACACCGACUGAUCAUGAAAUUGAGAAAAAACUUAGAAUGUCUUUCACCCCACUGACACCUUCUGAUUUAAUUAAACAGGGUAGAGAAGAAGAAAAAGAUCAAUGAUUGAUGUGCUUUUUGUAAAUAAAAAUUUUGGAAUAGUGUUGCAUAUUCAUCAAAGAUGAAAUCAACUAAUAAUAGUGAAAAGUUUGAAAGUCAAAUGUUAAUCAGAUAUUUUGAAUGUCCUGCAUCUUCUAGAAGGGCUAAUAGUGAAAACAAAAUACUUGCAUUAAAUGAUAAAACUUGUUUAGAGACUGCAGGUGAAUUUGGUGAUAGAGAGCCUUAUAUGAAUUUUAAUGAAACUGUUGACUUGAAAUUAACAAAUCCCACUAAAAGCCCAAGUAUUCAAAAACAUUAUGCAAAGAAUAGUAAAAACAGGAAGUGUAGAAGAAAAAAUGACAACAAGCAACCAAAAAUAAAAAAAGCUUUAGCUAAGGUAUCUAAUUAUGAGGAUAAACUUAUGGAAGCCUAUACUGAACAAUCAUUAAUUGAUGGAUUUAAUCCGGAAGAUACACAAGUUGCCCUGGCCUUAUCAUUAUCAACAAAUGAUUAUAAUAUACGCAGUUUACCAAAUACUCAAGUUCGAAUGCACACUCUUAAGCAAACACUUGAGCAAUUUGGUUUUAAAAAUUCAAAACCUCGAGUUGUCAAUUCAAAUAGAGUGAAUAUUGCAUUAAAUAACAUAAAAUCAGCAUUACUUCAAAGAAAUACAGAACUGCAGAAUCAAAUUAUGGAGCACAAUAUUGUUCAUAUUUUGAAUGAACAAAAAUGUACUCAUCACAAAUCUGACAAAUAUGCAAAAUUUAGAAUCUAUUCUGACAUUAUAUUAUGCCAUGUUUCGAAGAUAAAUGACUUAUAUAAAGUGAGUGCUGAUGGAUUGCUGAGUUAUAAUGGUUUGUCAUUAGUAAACAUAGAUGACAGUGUUUUUGACUCACUUUUAAAAGAUUGGGAUAGUAUUCCUGGUCGAAGUGGACAUGUAUGUGACGCUAAUUCAAAAUGGGUGAAUGAAGAUACGGGGGCAAAUAUGGUAAUAUCGAAUAAAACUGAUAAACAGCUGCAUGAAAUGUUAAAAUACCAGGAGCAACAUUUAAAAAAUUGUAUCGUAAAAAUGAAAAAAGAUUCAAAAAGUGUUAUUUUAAACACUGCCUCAAGUGUAUUCCAACCAUUAAAUAAUUUGAAUAAUAACUUGCAAGUAUCAUAUCGGAUUGAAUAUUGCAAAUCUCCUGAUUUGUUUUCUGAUUGUGAAGAAAGCUAUCAUAGAGACAAUAAAAGUUUUUAUGAAGAAAAUGAGAAAGAUAAUAUGGAUAGUAUUAAAUUUUGCAAAGAAGAUGAAUUUGAGUCAGCUAUUAGUGAGAACUCUUUACAUAUUAGAGCAAAUAGAAAUGUGACUGAAUAUGAAACAUAUCAUGAAACAAUGCCUUCAAAUUUUUGCCUUAAUCGUUUUUUUAAUGACUUAAAUAGUUUAUCAAAACAUGAUACUUCUACAGGCAAAAAUACUUUGAUUGAAUCUUUUGAUAUUUUUGAUUAUAAUUCUCUUCAAAAUGAAAUGAAUGAAUCAUUAUCAAUAUCACAUUUGGAAAGAAAUUUCUUAAAAUAUGCUGAUGAUAGUAAUAAAGAAUCUAGCAAUAAUUUAAAGAAAUUGUCUGUAGUAAUAAACAGUCAAGAGAAGCUGAUUUGUGAUGAAAUUGCAUUGUUUCCUAAAUGUAAAAAUAUAUCAGGUUGUCACAAUACUUUUAAAAAAAAUAGUUUCAGACAUAAAUUAGAAAGUGAAUUUCUUAGUCUGAUUGCAACAAAUAAUAAAUUUGAUUACAAUAACAAGGAUUUAAAUGUAUAUAUGAUAAGUAGCUUGGGGCAUCGAGAUUGCUCCCAAAGUCUAAAUGAAUCUUCUUUAAUAUUGGAGAAAAAUGUACAUAACAAUGAACUACAUACAAAAGAAAGGAAAAAAAGUAAUAUAUUCACAGAUGAUGGAGAAAAUAUAAUACAGAAUUCACAUUUUUUUUCAAAUGAACUCUCAAAUAAAAAAAAAUGUUCUGAAGAUUUUCAAAGCAAUAAUAAUUGUUCUUCUAACAUUGAGUCACUUCUACAAGAUGGUACAAUGCUUUUAUCAGAUGGAGAAAUAAAAUACUCAACGAGUACCCCAUUUAAAAAAUAUAGUCUCAGAUCAGGUGCUAAAUUUAAUUCUUCAAAAUUAAAUUUGCAAGGAAGAAAUCUUCUUAAUUCUUCAUGUUGUUUUUCAAACCAGAAAGAACUAGAUAUUAUGCAAUCAGAAUCAGAGGACAAUUUACCAGUGCAUAAAAAUGAACUAUAUGAAGCUAAACCCAGAUUGAAGAGAUUUUCUAAAUUCAAGGAGGCUUCAUUAACAUCUAACUGUUUCAAAUCUCCAUACAAUUCCAAUAAGGAUAUAAUAUGUUAUCAUACACAGAAAGUGAUCUUGGAUGACAUUUUAACAGUGGAAAAAUCUUAUGAGGUUGGUAAAGGUGCAGUCAAUCUUAAACCAGACUUUGAGAAAUUAUCUAACAAGGAUUGUGAAAGUAUGUUGAAAACUUAUGGUAUAAAACGUCUUAAGAGAAAACGAACUAAUCAAAUAUUGGAGUAUAUAUAUGACCAAACGCAUCCGAUAGCUAAGCUAUCACUAAAAAAGUAAAGUAACAUAUUUACUAGUUAGCCUAGUCCAUUGAAUAAAUAAUAAAAUUGUAAAAUAUAUUAUUCUUUGUACAUAUUUAUAUAUCGCUUCCAGUUUUAGAUUUAUAGAUUUUUCUAAAAAGCU